AAUCAGUUUAAUUUCUACCACAAAUGAACAUCCAAAAUCACGACCAGACCAGCGACCAGGCAGAGUUGUUGAAGGCGUCACAGAAAGCGAGAAUGGCUAUGGUGAGGAAUAUGAAGGCGUUUGAUUCGAAUGUUGCGGCUUGUGCAGUUAUUAGCAAAUUUGGGCUUCAAGAGAAGCUACCAUUUAAGCAGAAUAAGAAAGCAGAUAAAAAGGUGAAAUCUAAGCCUAGUCCAGACACUUUAAAGAAGAGACAGGAGAAGCUGCAGAAAUAAAUGGAGAAUGGAAGCUAAAGGCUUCAGCUGGACUGUGAAGUCUUAGAAGAUAUUUUUAAAAAUUGCCGGCCUAGAAAGAGAAGAAUGGGAGUUUUCUGAAGAGGUCCUAAUUUCUUCACUGAAAAAGGUAUGAGAAAUCCUCAAAUCGCGAAUCCAAGGUUCCUUACAUUAUUAUCUCCAGUAAAAGAGGAAAUUGAAGCAGAGAAAGAUUCACCUAAGCUACCCCCAUCGCUAUCGUCCAUUGAGUCUCGAGUUAUAUCCUCAUACUCAAUGCCAAAUAAGAGGAGGAAAAUUUCUGAAGAAGAAGACAUAAGUGUGUUUGACAGCAUGAGUGCUCAUCAAGCAUCAACCAUCGUACAAAUGUAUCCAAGGAUUUAGAAUGCUAAGUUAGUCGAUUAUUCUAAAGGAAUCCUCGGCUAUAUUAUAACUAAAAGGA